AUGGCCUUGCAUUGGGUGUUCCUCUGCCUCAUCUUCUCCCCACUGAUGCCGGCCACUGAAUACGGCUUGCCCAAAUUCAUCUGCAGCCCUAUGCCGUUGGAUAUGGACAACGGCUGCCAGUCAGCCAGCCAGCAGCGACACGGAGCAGGGGCUGCUAACAGCGGAGGGAAUGGGCACUGGGUAGGGACUCUUGAGGAAGCCAAGGAAACCAUCCUCCACCUGCGGGAGACCGUGGUGCACCAGAAGGAGACGAUCUUGGACCAGAGGGAGACGGUGCGGGAGUUGACGGCCAAGCUGAGCCGCUGCGAAUCCCAUUCCCGGAGGCAUGUCGGGGAGCACCAUGGUGGUCACCAUGAAGAAAACCACAGCCAUGGGCAUGGGCAUCACGAGGGAGUCCACAGAGGCCACCACGAGGGUGGGCAUCGGACCCACCAUGAGGAUGCUCACAGGGGACAUCAUGAGAAUGCACACCAAGGCCACCGCGAGGAUGGGCAUCAGGGCCACCAUGAAGAAAGUCCUAGGGGACACCAUGAGGCUGGGCACCGAGAUCCCCAUGAAGGAAUCCAUGCCCGGGAGAACGAGUACCACCAUUUUGGGCAACGGGAGCACCAUGAACUACAGGUGGGGCACAGCAACCACGAUGCCUUUCGCAAGGGGGCUUCCGCUGCCAACACCAUGGAGGACCCACCCAAGGAGACCUCUGGGGUGCACCAGAUGGAGAGGAUGCUGGAAUCCCUCAAGGAGAGACUGGAGCAUCUUCAGCACAAUCGGAACAGCUCUGUCUUCUCCACGUCCCUGCGCGAUGCUCUCCAGAAAAAGAUAAGCAUCUUGGAGCAUCAGAUCCACGAGAAAUCAAACACCUCUGAGCAUCACACGACGGGUGUGCCCACAGCAGCAGGACUCAGGCACAAGCACAUCUCUCAUGGGCACAGUGUUGAGAAAGCUCAGUCCCACAUCUCUGAUCCCCUCUGUCCUCCAGGAAACAAGGUGGAGAAGCAUUCUGAGGACUUCCGGGUGGGCUUCCCCCUCCGCACUAACUACAUGUACGUCAAGGUGAAGCGUACGCUCCAUCACGAGAUCUUUGCCUUCUCCAUCUGCCUCUGGCUCAAAUCCAGUUCAGCACCAGGAAUGGGCACCCCUUUCUCAUACUCUGUGCCAGGCCAGGCCAACGAAGUGGUGCUCAUCGAGUGGGGAAAUAACCCCAUGGAACUGCUGAUCAAUGACAAGGCUGCCACAUUACCACUGGCCAUUAAUGAUGCUAAGUGGCACCACAUCUGUGUGACAUGGUCAACCCGGGAUGGCAUUUGGGAGUCUUACCAGGAUGGAGUCCGGAGAGGGAGCGGAGAGAACCUGGCUCCCUGGCAUCCAGUGAAACCUGGGGGUGUUUUCAUACUGGGCCAGGAGCAGGACACUCUGGGUGGCCGCUUUGAUGCCACUCAAGCCUUCAUUGGGGAAAUCUCGGAUUUCAACAUGUGGGGCCACAUCCUGACACCAGGCGAGGUUUACAAGAUAGCUACCUGCACCAGCUACGCCGGUGGCGACCUCAUCAACUGGGCCGAAGCCUCCAUGGAGCUUCACGGAGGAGUAGUCAAGCUGCCAUUUAAUGCCUGCCACUGAGAGGCUACGAAGGAAGAGGGACUUCUGGGUUCUCUGAGAGGAGAGUGAAAUCUAGAGGGUGG